GCCACCAUCACGAAUACCCCACAUUACUCCUCAGUUCUUCUUACGGCGUUUCAGUCGCUCGUUCAGGAUGGAAAGUCGCCAACAGCCUCCCUGGCAGCAGCCGCCCGCGCGCCCCGAUGCCCGCCUCCCUCCUCUCAAAGUAUGGAACUCUUUGACCAGAUCCAAGACUCCUUUCGUACCCUUGGAUCCCGAGGGACGUAAAGUCAAGUGGUAUGCUUGCGGCCCCACGGUCUACGACGAUGCGCAUUUAGGCCACGCUCGCAAUUAUGUCAGUACCGAUAUUCUGCGCCGUGUACUCAAGGACUACUUCAACUAUGAUGUUCAAUUUGUCAUGAACAUCACAGACGUGGACGACAAGAUCAUUAUCCGCGGUAGACAGCAACAUCUGUUCAACAAAUAUGUCACCGAACACCCGAACAUCACCCCCGAAGUUCUCGAGACUGCCCGGUUGGCAUACGGUGCAUACAUCAAAAAGAACCUCCCUUUGAUCGAUCCCGACACGAAGCCAGAAAACUUUGGUACGGAGGCUGAGAAAAUUUAUGGGGUGGUUUUGAAAGGUGGCUCUUUGGAGGCGGACAAAAAGCCUGGCGAUGCGGAGACGAAGAUCAAAAUGCACGUCAAGACCGCGACGGCAUCAUCGUCGGCCAUUGCGGAUGCGGUAAAGAGUUCCGACGUCUCGAGUCAAGCUUUCUAUGAUGCCACGCAGGAUGCAUUCUGCUACUACCUCGACAUAACCCAAGGAUCUACGAUUCCUGGCGACGCCUAUGAAAUCUUCACGAAGCUCACAAAGAAAUACGAAGACCACUUCAUGCGUGAUAUGAGAGAUCUGAAUGUGCUCGAUCCCGACGAGAUUACCAGAGUCACCGAGUAUGGCCCACAAAUUGCGGAUUUCGUCGAGAAGAUUGUUGCGAACAAGUUUGGAUAUGUGGCCUCGGAUGGCUCCGUAUAUUUCGACAUCGAAGCGUUCGAAAAGGCCGGCAACCACUAUGCCCGAUUGGAGCCUUGGAACAGAAACAACCAGCCUCUGCAGAGGGACGGCGAGGGCGCUUUGUCGCGGGCAACGGAGAAGAAAUCCCCCGACGACUUUGCUCUCUGGAAAUCGUCUCGACCCGGUGAGCCUAGUUGGUCCAGCAAGUGGGGUCAAGGAAGACCCGGCUGGCACAUUGAGUGCUCUGCUAUGGCUUCCAGCUGCUUGGGAAGCCAGAUCGAUAUUCACUCGGGUGGUAUCGAUCUUGCUUUCCCUCACCAUGAUAAUGAGCUUGCUCAAAGUGAAGCCUACUGGCAUGAGCACAAGCACCAGUGGGUCAACUACUUCCUCCAUAUGGGUCACCUGUCUAUUGCAGGCUCGAAGAUGUCCAAGUCCCUGAAAAACUUCACAACCAUCAGUGAUGCGCUCAAGCGGGGUGACUACACUGCCCGUAGUCUGAGAAUUGUUUUCCUGCUGGGCGGAUGGCGCGACGGUGUUGAGAUCACAGAUGAGCUGGUUAAGAGCGCCUCUUCAUGGGAAGAGAAGGUCAACAACUUUUUCGUCAAGGUUAAAGAUCCUUCCACAUACCAGACUUCCACCACGGAUGCGGCGUCAACCGAAACUCUGACGCAGGCCCUUAAGUCCACCCAGGACAAGGUCGAUGAGCACUUCUGCGACUCUUUUGAUACUCCUCGAGUCAUGGCUGCUAUCUCUGAACUCAUCACCACUUUCAACUCUCUUGACAUCCAAACUCUCGACCCCCAAGCCAUUGAGUCCACUGCUAAGUGGGUAACACGGAUUGUGACCAUUUUCGGUUUGAACGGGGCUACUCCUGUAGACAAGUGCGAGAUCGGUUGGGAGGGUACCGACAUACCUGAGGUGGCGAAGCAGUAUUUGUACCCGCUCUCUGCAAUGCGUGACUCUUUGCGCCAAGCUGCCAUGUCCGGGAACCAGGUCACAUCAGACAAGGUCAAGGAGAUUAUUGAUGCAGCAGCAGUGAAAGAUGCGGAGACAACUGAGGCUGCCAAGCCAUACUCUCAGACCCUAGAAUCUUUUAGCGCCCAGCUCGCGUCGUUGAGCCUGGAAGAUCCGAAGAGCUCCGCGAAGGAGAUUCUCUCUCUCUGCGAUCGUUUGCGCGAUGUUGAUCUUUUCAACCUUGGCAUCUACCUUGAGGACCGCGAGAACAAGCCGGCUCUCGUUCGCCCCGUCACCAAGGACCUGCUGCAAACCCGUGAAGAGCAGGCGCGCAAGGCCCUGCAGAAGCAGCAAGAGAAGGAAAAGAAGGAGCGGCUUGCUCAGGAGAAGCUUGAGAAGGGAAAGCUGAGCCAUCUCGAGAUGUUUAAGACGAACGAGUUCAGCGCUUGGGACGAAGACGGUAUGCCAACCAAGGACGCUGCCGGCGAACCCCUUGCCAAGAGUCGCGGCAAGAAGUUGAGGAAAGACUGGGAGCGUCAGAAGAAGGCCCAUGAAGCGUGGCUUGCCAGCCAACAGGGGAAGUAGUAGUUGAGUACAUAGGAAAGAACCUGAUGCAGUUUUUCAGCGGGACUGAAGCUUUGAUUCUCAUACAUCUUGCGCAAUCAUUAGAUCUUCUAUGAAGCUCGUUCAUCUUGAACGAUCCGAUUAGCAGUAAUUGUCCCCCAUUUGAUUCUUCCAGCUCCGCUUAACCCAGUCAGCCAUGCCUACCGUCCAUCCACACCGAAGG